AUGUCUCUUGCAAACAAUCGCGCCCUGCGCAUCUUAGAUCAUGCGGCUGAGCACCAUUACGGCGUCCCCGCCAUGUGCUGCUACAACGUGGAAGGAAUCCUGGCCACCGUCCGCGCAGCCGAAGCCAAACGCUCACCAGCCAUGAUCCUCCUCUUUCCGUGGGCCGUUCACUACGCCGACGGAAUCCUCGUGCACGCCGCCGCAGAGGCCGCCCGCAAUGCCUCUGUCCCCGUCACCGUCCAUAUGGAUCAUGCCCAAACCCCCGAGAUCAUCCGCCGGGCGGCUGAUCUGAAGGGCUUCGACAGCAUCAUGGUGGACAUGUCGCACUACGAAAAGGCGGAGAACUUGGCUUUGACGCGCGAGCUGGUGGCGUAUUGUCACGAGCGGGGCAUCGCGACGGAAGCUGAGCCCGGGCGCAUCGAGGGAGGGGAGGAUGGGAUUGCGGACACGGCGGAUCUGGAGGGUCUCUUGACGACGCCCGAGGAGAGUCAGGAGUUUGUGGAUACGGGGAUUGACUGGCUGGCGCCCGCUUUUGGGAAUGUUCAUGGCGAGUAUGGACCUCGCGGUAUUCAAUUGGAGUAUGAGCGAUUGCAGUCGAUCAACCAGGCCGUGGGGAAACAGGUGCGACUGGUUCUGCACGGGGCGGAUCCCUUCACCAAGGAGAUCUUCCAGAAGUGCAUUGAUUGCGGCGUGUCCAAGAUCAACAUCAACAAGGUCUUGAAUAAUGAGUACAUCAAGGUGCAGCAGGAAAAGGCCGGCAAGGUGCCUUUGACGACGUUAUUGGAGGACGCGACAAAUGCCAUGCAAAAGGCGGUUGAGCGUUGCAUGGACAUGCUGGAAUCGACUGGAAGAUACCCUUGA